CUCCCAUUCAUCACACUCCUUCCACCCGCCUCUCUCUCUCUCUACCUCCCAUUUCCUCCUCGCACCAUUCGACACCACUGCUCACCACUCGAUUGACCGUAUUCGCUCCUUCCGAUCCUCGCCUUCAGCCUUAUAGUAAUUCCGGCCUUAAUCCACCUCUUCUCCUCCAGUCGCGCCAACUCCAAUCCCAUACGCCGACUUCGAGCGAUCGCCACUGCGACUUCCUGCGCGACUGAUCGCCUUCUACCUCGGCGCCUUGGGCGCUUCCACUUACAGCAUCUUUAAUCCGACCACUCCCGCCCUUCGCAGACGAUGAACAACUCCUCCGCCACCCAUGACCUCCCGCCUCUCCCCUCCUACACCCUCCAACCGCUCCAUCCUUUCAUCCCUGGCAUUCCCGACCAAUAUUUGGCUCUUGCGCUACCCAUAAUCGCCUACUGGGUGGUAUCACUCUUCUUCCACGUCCUGGACGAAUGGGACCUCUUUCCGCAGUACCGACUACACACACCCGCCGAAGUGCUGAAGCGAAACCACGUCAGCAGAUGGGAUGUGUUCCGAGAUGUCAUAAUACAGCAGGUUGUGCAGACGGUGGUGGGAAUGGUACUGACGGUGGUGGAUGAACCGCCCACGUUUGGAAAGGAGGAAUACGACAUUGCGGUCUGGGCGAGGAGACUGCGGAUAGCCCAACGUGCCCUGCCUUCUCUUCUCGGCGUCUUGGGCGUCGAUGCAGCUGGUCUGUCGAAGAGCUGGGCCGGGACUCAUGCCACGUUGGCCGGCGCAUUAGCUGGCGGCGUAUAUCCUUCCGCCACCCAGACUGUCCUGCUGCACGGCCAACCGACCGCCGUUCCUGCUUUCACUUCCUGGGAACUGAUCGCCGCAUACGCCAUCUACUACUACCUCAUGCCCGCCUUGCAAUUCAUCACGGCCAUCUGCAUUGUCGACACAUGGCAGUACUUUCUGCAUCGUGCCAUGCACAUGAACAAGUACCUCUACACCACCUUCCAUUCCCGACAUCAUCGACUGUACGUCCCCUACGCGUACGGCGCCCUUUACAACCACCCCUUUGAAGGCUUUCUCCUCGACACUCUAGGCGCUGGCAUCGCAUACCUUGCGACCGGUAUGACAUGCCGGCAGAGCAUGUGGUUUUUCACCUGUUCCACGAUCAAGACGGUCGAUGAUCACUGCGGAUACGCCUUCCCCUGGGACCCGCUGCAGCAUUUGACGAGUAACAACGCCGGAUACCAUGACGUGCACCAUCAAAGCUGGGGCAUCAAGACCAACUUCUCCCAACCUUUCUUCACCUUCUGGGACCGCGUGCUGGGCACGAAGUGGACAGGAGGUGACGUGAGUGCGCGGUACGCGCGGGCGAAAGCUGCGGCGCAGAAGAAACUAGAUGCAGACCAAAGCGGUAGCGUCACAGGCUCUACCCCUUCCGACAGCGUACAGACCACGUCGCCCUCGCCCUACUCACCGGGCAACAUGUCCUCAACCGCACGCACCGCCCAUGUGGUUGCAGAACCACGAAUCCCCCGCGGCAAAGCCACACAGCAAGCCAUCAGCAGUCGCCAAGCAGUUCUCGACGACCCAAAUGGCGGCACAACCGUAUUGGCAGAGGAGGCGACGGAAGAGAUGCAAGCGCAACAGAAGCUUGCGAAGCGCAGCAGUCCGAGGAAACGGACGACGAGCAGUGGGUUGAAGGGUUUCGCGGAUCGCGUGAGUGAAAGUCUGCAGGGCAAGGCUACUGGUGUCUUGGGGGUGGAGAAUGGAAGGCGGUAGUAAUUGCUGUGUCUUGAUGGCGCGGAGCGUCCAUUGUACGCAUGGGAUGUGUAUGAGUCUUUUGGGGAAUGAGCGAUUGUGUGGAUAAUUCUUCGAUUCAACUGUACAGACUUACUGGAUUUACCUUGUUUGACGGCCGUGCAUUUCAUUCACUCUCUUUCGUCUUCCCCACAGUUCUUACCGUUGCGUG